AUGGGCCUCUUCGGCAGCUGCUGCGCGCCCAAGGAGCCCGCUCAGGGCCCCGACGGCAACGCGUCCACCGGGCGCUACUCGCCAGAGAGCAACGGAGGUGCCGUGGAGCUCGCUGCCCCUCGCGUCGCCAAGGCUGACGCCGGCUCCGGCGCCUUGCCGGUGUCGACCGGAGGCAACAACGCGGACGCGGACGACGACUUCGAGAGCGUCGGAUCCUUCCACACGUGCAUGACGACGGCGUCGGACCUGUCGGCGUCGUGGGGCCGCCGGACGCAGACGCCCACGCAGAUGCUCCCGCCCUCCGCCGUCGUGUCCCGGCAGCGCCUGUAG